UCAACUACCAUUGAAUUUCCAAUUCUACUUUCCUGGUUGUUGGUAUCACAACAACUUAUACCAUUGUUUUGCACAGUCUUGUAUCGGACGCCUCUUCACACACACACCGAAUUCACAUACCCUGAGUUUGACCAACGCCUCAUUGCUGUCCUCUCGGGUCAAUUCGCUCCGCAGUCAACCGUCAACAUGCCGAAGGAAGAAAUCGUCUUUGUACAGCUCGUCUCCCGCAAAGAAGGCCUCACACUACAGGAAUUCAAGCGUCACCAAGAAGAAAUCUUCGUCCCACUCGUGAAGAGAGUCUGCGGUGACCUCUUUCCCGUAUCAUGGACACGUCGCUACCUUGCCGAAAGCGAACACGAGGCACAGCGCAAACCGGGAGCUUUAGGACUACCACGCCUGCUCGUUGGCCGCAAGGAGGACGUCGGUUGGGACUGCCUCGGGGAGAUGAGAUUCUCCGAUGAAUUGCACUUCCAACAGUUCUUCGCCCUGGUCAACGAGAAAGGCCCUGCGGAGGCCCUGCUCGAUGAGGAGAGCAGGUUUUCCGAUGUCACCAAAUUGAAGUUCAUUGUUAUGGAAUCCACGACAGACCACAGCGAGUAUCGAUCAUCCUGAUCUUUUCCUGAAAGAGACUGGACUUUCUUUAAUAUAUAUGAGGAGGGACCAACCUGACUCGAACAUCUACGCCAACAAUCUAUUCUCUUUUCGCCUAGGCUGGGUUUGGACACUUGCACAUGUUACGACUAUUCCGAAAAUCAUAG